GAUUUUGAGGCAUGCAAGAGAGAGAAAGAAAGUGAAGAGAGAGAGAGAGAGAGAGAGAGAGAGAGAGAGAGAGAACACUAGUAGUACUGCACAAGUUUUUCACUCAUCAAGUCUCUUUUUUUACCGCAUUUGUCACUCUUUUCUCUUCAAAACCUUCUCUCAAGUUUUCAAAACUCUGAAACAAAACAACUCAGGUGUGUUGAGAUAAUGCUGAGGAAGAGAAGCAGUUCAAUCCAGAAAGAUCAACACAACAUGGGUUAUUUGACAAAUUCUGAUGCUAAUUCUGAAAACUUCGGUCGCAAUAUCAAAGGCAACUCGAUUUUCAAUAUGCCUUGUUUGUUUGUGGGUUUAGGACCAAAAGGGUUUUUGGAUUCGGAUUCGGUUAGAAGUCCAACUUCACCUCUAGAUACUAAAGUUCUUUCGAAUUUAGGUAACCCUGUUAGGAACCAAAGAUCUUCACUUUUUGAGGAGAAUCGGAGGAGUUGGGAUUGUUGCAAAGUUGGGUUAAGUAUUGUGGAGUCUUUGGAAGAUUGUAACUGUUCUAGGUUUUGUCGAAAAACUCUUCAAAUGAUGAUCAAAACAACUCCAAUUUGUGAAACUUGUAUGGAUUCUUUUAAGUCAUCUGAGUCUUUGCCUAAAGACUUUUGUACCCGAAACGAAUCUCUUAUUCAUAAGGGUGAAUGUGAAUCCAAUGUCCUUUUUGAGAUUGGUGAAACUAGCUUAGAACUCGGUGAACCGAUUGGGAGAACUAGGUCUUGUUCAAUGAAUUCGUGCAAAUCAUUGAAAGCUAGUGAUUCAUAUAUUGAUGAUUUUGAUAUGAAAGAUGCAGCAUUUCAAGUUAGCUUUCCUCCUCAUUUUAUUGGAGGAAACGAGAACUCAAAUGCCAUUGCAUUGGCAGAGUUGAAACCAAACACUUUGUCCAUGUGUUCCUCCGAUGAAAUUUUGAAGUCUCUAUCGGCUAGUGAGAUUGAGCUUUCUGAGGAUUAUACAUGUGUGAUCUCUCAUGGGCCUAAUCCCAAAACAACUCAUAUUUUUUGUGAUUGCGUUUUGGAAACUCAUCCUGAUUUAUGUGUUAAAAACCAUUUUAAGAAUGAAGAGCACGAGAAGGAGAAGGUAGUGAAUCUGAUUGGUAAAGGGUUACAAACUCCAAACCAGUAUCCCUCUCGUGCCUUCUUAAGUUUCUGUCACCAUUGCGACAAGAAACUCGAGGAGGGGAAAGAUAUUUAUAUCUAUAGAGGUGAGAAAGCAUUUUGCAGCUUAACUUGUCGCGAAAUGGCGAUUAUGAUCGAUGAAGAGCUUGAGAAAUCCAACCCUCCUUGUGAGAACUCUCCAAAACCGAAACCCGGUGAGCAAAUUUUUGAAACAGGAAUCCCAGCAAUCAUAUAAGAGGCUUAUCCAUGAGAUAGGGUAGACGCAUUUGAUCAUCUGUUCGGAACAAUUGAGCUGUUUUAUGUGCAUCCGUUAGCAGCCAUUGGAUGAUCGUUUUGUAAAUCAUUGCGUUUGUCUCGACUAUAAUAAUUUAUGAUUUUGUGUUGGAUUAUUAUGAUUUAUGGCUCUUAUAUGAAGCUAGUUUUUUUUUAUAGAUAUAAAAUGUUAUCAAACUAUUGAUAGCUUGUAGAAAUUAAAGGGUUUGAAGCCUGUUUUUCUGGCUUCUCCUUUUGAAAUUUUCUUGCAUUAUUAUUUCUGUUAUCUCUAUGUGUACACAACCUAAACAAUGUUUUUGGCCUAUAACUUUUUUGGACUGAAAUUCUGGACAAAUAGCAGAGUGAUGGUUACUGGUUAUCAACUCGAUGGAAUAUGCUUUAUUUAGACGAAUCCUAUGAUUACUAUUUUGGCAGAAGAAUCUAGUGUAGAGUCCAAGAAGAUGCAUUUUUGCAAUAUUAUAUGAGAAAGAGCAAUGAUGUGAAAUUUAAAGCGAGCUAUAGCAAGGGAAAUGAUCUUUCCACACUUAGUCGUGACUUCCACACAUUUGGAAAUCCGAAAAUGCACUUCAUUCAUUCGGAGAUGUAUCUUCGGACGCAUUCAAAAUCACACCAAUUUUUUCUUUUCUGAGUUUCACCUUAGUUUUUUAAAAAAAUAUGAACCGGAGAUGCAUCUUUGUAUAUUGUUUGUGUGUAUCUGGAGAUGUAUCUUUGAAGUACCUAUUCAUUUUGGGGUUUAGUUAUUCACGCAACUGAUUUAAUUAAC